GAUAUCGCUCAGGAAAUACUAGGAGAUAAUCAUGAUGUCUAUUUUCCUUUCAAUGUUAAACAGGGAGGACGACCACCUUAUGUAUAUGUGUUCGAUCACAGACCAGUCUAUUCACGCAUACCUGACUGGACGGGCGUGGUGCAUGCUAUGGACGUUGGAUUUGUGUUUGGUGCACCUUUCAAGAACAUACAAGACCCAUUUGUAAAUAUGAUGGCGAUGAAGUACUCGGAGAUAGAAAAGGGGCUGAGCCUUUAUAUUAUGAAACUGUGGACGGACUUUGCCAAAUAUGGGUCACCAAAUCCACCAGAAUCUGGUCCUUUGCCAGUCACGUGGCCUAAGUUUACAGAACAGGAGCAGGAAUAUCUCGUCCUGGAUGUGAAACCGAGAGUGGAGAGCAGGUACCAAGCCGAAAAAAUUGCAUUUUGGAACGAAGUUCUUCCUAAACUGGCCGAGGUUUUGCAAACGAAGAAAAAGAAAAAUGGCGAGGAGACGCCAAAGGAUGAGCUGUAAACACACACGAAAACGUUGCAGUGGAAUUCCCUUUAUUUGCACCUAUAUUUACAUUUUAUAUCUAUCUUUUACAUUGAAUGAGUAAACCUUCUUUCUCUCUCCAGGUCCCUUUCCCUUACCAACGUUUUUUCUUGACCGCCGUGUAAGACAUUAGGGAGCUUAAGUAACGACGACGUCGACGCCGAGGACAACGCCUAGUAAAAAAUGAAUUUAUAUUUUACCAGCGAAAUUCGCUAUUGUCUCGAUCUGUUUGGUGCGCCAAUGGCUCUAAAAAUGUGCUCAAGCUAAAUAU